AUGGAUCAAAUUUGGGACAACAUUUUAAAAGUAACUUCCGACAGACUUGUACAACUUACCGUCUCAGCUAAAGAGAUAAGUGACACUAUCAGUAAGGAGACCCCGCAAGAAGCAAUUCUUAAUGCCCAAGUAGUAGCAUCAAAAUUAGAAAGUGUUUUACUGAAACUGAACAAUGACUUAAAUAAUUAUUUCAAAUAUGUGAACAAUCCUUCAGCAGAUGAAAUAUCAAAUAUAUCUACACUACAGUUGGAAGCGGAGGAGCUCCUAAGUGAACUAAAGAUUAAAAUAGAGUAUACCAAGACAAAGGAAACAACAUCUAAAUGCAGAACCGGAAAGCUGCCAAUAUUGAGUUUGCCUUCAUUUGAUGGAGAUAUUCUGAACUGGUACUCCUUUUGGGACCAGUUCAGAUCGCAGAUUGACGAGCGUGAUUUGUCAGAUGUGGAUAAAUUUUUGUAUUUAUCAUCAGCCUUAAAGGGUGAAUCUAGGAAUUUAAUAGAAGGUCUGCAAGCUACAAACGCUAACUAUAUUAUAGCAGUUAAUACACUUAAAGCACGGUAUGGAAGAGAAACCUAUAUCAAGGAUGCUCAUUAUGCGGCACUCGGUAAAAUAACCCCGGCCAAUGAAAUGAUUACAGACUGUCGUCGUGUCUACAACGAACUGGAACGGCACAUGAGGGUGCUAAAUGCUUUAGGAGAAGAUGUAUCACACAGUUUUUUCAGAACCCUAAUAUUUGACAAGUUUCCUGAAAGCAUUGUCUAUGAAUUGAAACGUGUUUUAAAGGAUGAUUCUACCAACGAAAUAAGAAACCAACUUUCAAAACUACUUAAUGACAAGGAAGAGGUUUCAAAAACUAAACAUAGAUCUUCAGACAUACAGGAAAUAACUACAGGGACUUUACAAGCAAUUGAAAAUAAUAAGAAAUUUUAUCAAGACUCGGGCAAGAAACGUCAAUUCAAAAGAAGCCUACAACCGGAAUUUCGAAAAAGGCCUAGGAUGGAAUGCCAGUUCUGUCUUUCCGAUUCACACUGGAGUGAUGAAUGCAACAAGUUUUCUUCAUUGAAAGACAGAAAAGAGAAACUAGACAAGAAAUGUUUCCUAUGUUUUAAUGAAGGUCACCUCGUAAGAAAUUGUAGGAGGGUCUUCAGAUGCUACUAUUGUAAGGGAAAGCACAAUAGAGCACUUUGCCCAAAACAGUUCCAGUCUGCGAUAUCUCAAGUUGCAGGUGAGAAUUCAAAUAGUACUACUAAAAAUGUUGAUCAAAACACAAUAAACUUUAGCUCAGUGUGUUUUUAUUCUUAUUUGCAGACAACAACUGCAGUAGUAAGGAAUAAAACUAAACAGGGAAAUCCACAGUCAUGCCGCAUCCUACUAGACUGUGGAAGUCAAAGGAGCUACAUAACAGCUAAGUUAGCUCAAUCAAUUGAUUUUACACCAGAAAAUGAAGACUUACUAAUGGUAUACACGUUUGGUUCAAAUAAACCUAAAGAGAUUAUUAGCCCUGUGACAGAAAUUUGCUUGGAAACCAAACGUGGCUUACAGAAGAGGAUAAGAGUAAAUGUAGUCCCACAUAUCGCAAAUGCUAUCCCAAUAUUGAACUUUCCAGACAAGCUAUCUGUAGAUGUUAUAGCUGAUGAUGAUUCAUUAGGAGAUAUAGUUAAUGUACUGAUUGGAAAUGAUUAUUAUUUCUCCUUUAUUAGAGGUGGUCGACACCAGAUUGGCGAAAAUUUACAUUUAAUUGAUACUGACUUCGGUUGGAUGUUGACAGGGAGUACAGAUGGGAACAUUUAUGACAAUGUUUUAUCAAUAGUAACAUAUUGCCAAUGUCAUGGACCUAGUUGCCCAUACUUUACAGAACCUGACUUACCUUUAAGAAAUGUUGAUAUGAAGUUCUUAUGGGCACUUGAAAGUAUUGGUAUAACAGAUUCUCCUAAGACAACAAGGGAAGAGGAAGCAGUAAAAUUCUUCAAUGAUACCAUCCAGUAUGUAGAAGGGAGAUAUGAAGUAAAAUGGCCAUGGAUACAGUUCCCUCCUGAUAUACCAACUAAUUAUAAUCUAGCUUAUGGAAGAUUGAAGAGCCUUCUAAGGAGAUCUGAUAUUGCGACUUUGACAGAAUAUGAUCAGAUACUGUCUGAACAACUUGAAGCCAAUAUCAUUGAAGUUCUAGAACCUCAAACAGUACCCAUAUAUCAGGUAAACCCACCUAUUCACUACUUACCUGGACAUAUAGUAAAACAAGAAGGAAAAAGGGGGCGUAUUGUCUAUGAUGCAUCAGCUAAAAUAAAGCAUUACAAGAGCCUAAAUGAGUGUAUGUAUAGGGGGCCUUCAAUGUUAGAAGACUUAACUGCCCUUCUUCUUAAAUUUAGGUGCGGAGAAAUAGGAAUAACAGCAGACAUCGAAAAGGCUUUUCUACAAGUUGGUCUCCAAGAUGAGGAUAGGGAUGUCACGAGAUUCCUUUGGGUAAAGGAUCUAUCCAAAGAACCCACUGAAGAUAAUCUUCUUCAUUACAGAUUUUGUAGAGUACCAUUUGGAAUCAUUUCAAGCCCAUUUCUGUUGACAGCCACAAUACGACAUCAUUUAUCACAAGAUGAAAGCCUUCUUAAAACCAUUGCUGACAGAUGUUACGUGGACAACCUUGUGACAUGCGCGGAAGACUAUAACAAAGCUACUACAUUAUAUGAAGAAACCAGGAAAGUUUUCAAAGAACUCGGAAUGAAUAUACGAGAAUGGAUGUCAAACGAUAAACAUUUUAUGGAAACAAUUCCUGAGAAUCUAAGAGCACCUCAAAAGGACCGAAUAAAAGUUCUUGGCCUUAUGUGGAAUGUGAAGAAUGAUACAUUAGAAUUGAAAUUUAAUGAUAACCCCUUAGAAUACCAUGAGAAGAAGCUUACCAAAAGAGACGUUUUACGCACAUUAGCAAGGGUCUAUGACCCAUGUGGUUUCGCUUCACCACUCAUCCUACCUGCAAAAAUAUUCUUCCAACAGCUCUGCGAGAUGAAGAUUAAGUGGGAUGCGAACUUGUCCUCAGAGCUCAUACAUAAAUGGUCAAAAAUAUUAGCUAACCUUAAACUGACUAGAGAUAUUGAAAUACCACGACAUAUAGGAAAUGUAAGUCUAAAAACAAAAGCAAAAUAUGAACUUCAUACUUUCACAGAUGCUUCUAUGAAAGCAUAUGCUGCGGUAACAUAUCUACGUAUAGCAGGAGAUAAAGAGAACAAGGUAGCAUUCAUUAUGUCUAAAGCAAGAAUAACACCAUUAGAGGAUCAAAAGGACUUGAAAAUACCCCGGCAGGAAUUAUUAGCAUAUUUGAUUGGUAGCAGGCUUAUGAAGUAUGUUAAAGCAAACAUAGACUUACUUAUUCAGAAACACUAUUUGUGGACAGAUAGUCUGGUUGUGCUCGGGUGGAUGAAAUCAAGUAAACUACUGUCCCCAUUUAUUACCCGUCGUGUUAAUGAAAUCAAGGAAAACAAAGAAUUUGAAUUUCGUUAUGUGGAUACAAAUAGGAAUCCAGCUGAUUUGGCCACCCGGCCUGACUUGUGGGAGAGUAAAAAGGAAUUAUGGUUCAAGGGACCUGAAUUCCUUUCCAAGGAUCCAGUACAUUGGCCAAGUACAACAAAAACUGAAGAUCGACGAGCUUUUCUUGUGGCCGGGGAGGGCCUGGACAUUGUCGAUGAUCCAGAGAUGUCAGUGGAGGAUAGCGAGGUCAUACCCCAUGUCCAAAUAGAUAUGGAUCUUGAUGGCCAUGAAACUCAAGAACAGGAACACGUUAUCCAACAGAUUGAUACUAACGAAAAUAAAACACAUUUAAUAGAAAUUAUAAACCUACAAAAGGAACAUUUCCCAGAAGAAGUUAGUGGAAAAGAAACUCAUCUGACCAGAAACUUAGGGCUGUAUCUAGACGUAGAUGGAAUGUUGAGAAGUCGAGGACGACUAUCGAAUACUCGUUGGACCUAUGAUAUGAAACACCCAAUUCUUUUACCGCCAAAAUCUGAUUUUACUGAUAAGGUUAUCCGGGAGACUCACCAAGAAAACUACCAUGUGGGAGUUCCGCAUACCUUGAAUAUAAUACGUGAAAAAUACUGGAUACUUCAGGGAAGAACACAAGUACAGAGGGUACUUAAAUCCUGCAAACAAUGUAUUAAACAGGGUGGGGGACCAUACCGUCUCCCUCCUACACCAGCUUUACCCGAGGAGCGAGUUAAUUACAGUGAUCCUUAUACUUACACAGGUCUUGACUAUUUCGGGCCAGUAUUGGUAACAACAAACCUACAAAAAGAGAAACGGUGGGUAUGCUUAUUUACCUGUCUUGCUGUCAGAGCUGUUCACAUGGAGAUAGUAAAGGACUUAACAGCUGAAGAAUGUUUGCUUGCUUUGAGACGUUUCAUAGCAUCAAGAGGAAAGCCAAAGAUGAUAUUAUCGGACAAUGCACCUCAAUUCAAGCUGACGUCAGAACUUCUGGCGAGCCCAUAUUGUGUAAAAAACAGCAUUAAGUGGAAGUUUAUCCCUCAACUGGCACCAUGGCACGGAGGAGUCUAUGAACGAAUGAUAGCACUGGCAAAGCAUUGUAUGAAGCGCACGUUGGAAAAACACUUAUUGAAUGAUAACCAGUUACUCACAGUAGUUAAAGAGAUUGAGGGAGUCAUCAAUACAAGACCUUUGACGUAUGUUAGCGCAGAGUUUGACCGUGUGCUGAGACCAGUGGACUUCUUGAGAUUAGGUAACUGCGCGAUUCUCGAACCAAUGGAGAUAGACAACUCUGGCAAGAUUACUGCCACGAAAGUAGACCUCAUUGCAGGCUGGAAAAGAGGUAUCAUGAUCUUAGGGGAGUUUAAGGAUAUGUUCAUAAGACAAUACCUAACAAGUCUGAGGGAAAAGCACAGAUAUUCCAUCAAGCAACCUAGAUCCACUUCUGAUAAAUUACCACAAAUAGGUGAUAUGGUUCAGAUAUACGAUGAAUCUAAGAAAAGGAUAAACUGGAAAGAAGGGAGGAUUACCACCUUGAUCAAGAGUCUAGAUGGACAGUGUAGAGUAGCAAAAGUAAAGGUUGGCGACACGGAGUUUACUAGAUCCUUAGGUCACCUUUAUCCACUGGAAACUGACUACACCGGAGAAUCUUCAGGAGCAGAAAUUCCUGUAGUAGAACAGAUGGAACUUACUUUACCAGCAGAUCGUAUCAACAUAGAGUUAGAUAAGAUCCCGUUAGAGAAUACACAUCAACCAGAAAGCUGUCAAACUCAGAUACAAGAUGACAUGAAGGUAACAAAUGAAGCACAUAGUCAAGAACAAGCUGAGGUGGUUCAGGGCAUAGAAUUGUCUUCGAAUGAGUCGGAAGUUACUGAUAGGCAAGAAAAAGUUCAACAAGAGUCUGAGGAUACUCCACAAGACAGGGAGCUGAGUAACUCACCUGCCGAGAUGAGACCAGAGCGGAUUGCAGCUCGACGAGCCCGAGAGAAGAUUGCUGAGUGGACACGCCACUUAGCAGCUCUCUUAUAA